GCUGUUUUUACAUAGUGAAGAAGGUGAAGCAGGAAACCCUCCACAUUAGUGAUGAAUCGGUUGAAUAGUUAGACGUAUCUUUAUUGAGAGUAACUACUUACACCCAAGAGAGAGCGUCAGACUACGCCGACCUUACUUCAUUCAUAUUCAUACACUAUCAAUCCAAUAAAGACCAAAAAGAUGACAGAUCCCAGCACUCUGGUUUCUGCUUGUGCUUCGCUAAAUGCGGACGCUAUCUUGAAGCAUAUUGCGGCUCCAGUAUCUGGAAAAGAAGAGAAUGGCACUCCAAAGACCACAACAUCAUUGAAGCGACCCGCUUCCUCCAGUGACGACACUUCUGAAGUAAGGUUUUCCAAGGCCGUGCUUGCAUCGGACUGGAGACGAGCACUGUCAGGGCUUCUAGCCUUUGGACUAGAAUUCCUAGAAGCACAGGGACAAUCGUCUGACCUUCUUGUGGCGCCAGAUAUCUGUCGGAAAAUGUAACACCUGUUAUACUUAGACUUCGACUUUCUUAGACAAAUGAAAUGAUGUACUUACAACUUGGGCUUUCUUAUCAACAAGUGAUGCUUCUGGUUCUGCAGGAUUCUUGUUUCUUAUAGUACAACAAAGGCGGAUCAUGAUAUCGUUCUCGUUUUACAACCUUCAACUUCAUCUUGAUUCCGUACACCUCCAACAGUGUCCGCUUCAUCGUUCGCAUCGGAUGCCCCAUUUGCGUCCACCUACGUCAAGCCUGUCGCUCGUCUUCUGAUUCUAGAAAUGGAUCUGGAUUUCUUUCCACAGAAUCUGGAUCUCUUUCCACAGAUAGACUAGAGAAUCUAGCAGAGUUUUACCGCCAAGAGUUCAGCCGCAUACCAAAUCAAAGCGAGGACCUUUCAGUGCAUGCCGAUCUCUGUGUGAUGCUUGUGAAGGAGAUGUUGUGGCUGUAUCGAAAGCUGGGUAAGGAAGACCUCAGUCGUUUUGUACUGGAAAACCUGUGUCAUCCGUACAAGAAACUGCAAAAACUGACGGUCAGUUUGAAGAAGAAGCCCUCAAGGGACUUCCCGAAUGAAGAACAGCAUGAACAAGCAGGAGGAUCUUCAUCAUCCACAAACAGACCUACUUGUGUGACGACGGGAAGUGUAUCAAUUUGUGGCGGGGAUUUGGCUCAAGAAGAAGAAGAAGAAGAGAAGCCGAAACUACCAGCAGACGCUGUUGAAUCCCCUGCCUCAACUGCACCAGCUGCUCCAAAAACUACUAUCAAAGGAGCGAAACCUAAACCCCAAGCAACGCCUGUCUCUACACUUCCUCCAGAACCGAAUCUGUACUAUCUCUCCCCUGAAAUAUCUUUUCCCUUCGCUGUGGAGUGGGGUCGAGUCCGGUUUACCCAGAACCGCGUCAGGGAUGCUGAAUCCAAACUGGCUUUCGCCCUACAGUACUUCGCACAUGCUCACGAUCUUGGUCCCUCCAAUGCCGAAGCCAAGCCUCGUCCACUAGACUUGGCUCGAAGUUCUGCGGUGGAAGACAAAUCCGCACAACGUCAGCUUCGUGUACUCCUACGGAUGUACAUUCCUGCAAGACUAGCCUGUGGACGAGCGUUUGAACCUGAGGCUAUUAGUACUAGCAGUGGGGAAACUCCUUCUUCAACUACUACCUCUAGCGCUACAGCAUCUACUUCAAGGUCUGGUAAAAAUGCCCGAUCAUUUGAAGCAGACUAUCAAGCUUGUCUCGACGCUGUAGACAAGCCCACACUCAAUGAGCUUCGCAGACACUAUGCGGCUUUCGCGACUGCUGUAGGAAAUGGAGAUCUGCAAGCAUUUGACAGCUGCGUGGCUACUAGUCGUGAGUUUUUCUAUAGACAGAAGGUGGACGUUCAGCUGCUGACGUCUGGACGAAAGUUGUGCUGGUGGAACCUUUGUCGCCAGACUUAUUACCUAGUGAAAAACGCACCGUCGCUUGCAGGAAGUGCUGGCGCGCUGACUAUAGCCAGCGGCAAAGGUAUCAAGCUGGAGGCCUUUGACGUUGCGUUCAAAGUGAACGACCCUAAGCUCUUUGAUGAGGACGUCAUCUCCAUCUUAGCGGAACUGACGGCGCAAAGAGCGCUCCGCUGCUACAUCACAUGGGAGAGGCAAGGCAUAGUAUUCGAUGACAAAAAACCCUUUGCGACCAUUGAGGAAUGGUUGAAAUAGUGGACCACUAUAACUACAGCAUCUUGAUGUUGCGCCAACUGCGGAGAGGAAGGAUGAACC